ACGUCCUCUGCUGUCUGCUUUGCUUUUAUUGGGAAACACUCGCAGGCGCAGCUAACUCACUCCUUUUUUCAGUUUUCAAGUCCUUCUCUAAAGUCAACCCUAGUCCCUUGUGCUUCCUUCUCUCCGCUUGUUGCAUCCACUGCUUUCUACUCUUUUGGUUUCUUCUUCCCCUUUUUUAUACAUUCAAUUCAAAUCUUUUUUUGUUUGCUUCUCUUUUUCUUAUCUUCCGUUCAACUUUAUUGUCUUUUGGGAGGUCACUUACUGAAUUUCCAAUCUUGGUUUUUUUUUUUAUGAUGAGUGAUAACAUGUUCGUAUUAUACUUUAUAUUACAAAUUCUGGAGUUAUUAGCCAUGUGUCAAAUUUAGGAGUUUUAAAAUAGUUCCUUUGUGAUUUCCAAUAAAUUUGGAGCUACAGGAUAGAGAUCAACAUUUCAAUCACUUUUUUCCGAUCAACAUUUGUGCAUUAACAGUGAAAGAGGUUUUACCUGGUGUAUGCAACUGCAUUUGAUGUAAAGCUGUUGUCCCAUUUCUUCACAGCUUCUAAACCUACUACACAGGACAACAACUGAUAUAAGAUGCGAUUACCUUUUCCGGAAAAGAUUUCUGCAACCUUGUAUAGACCAGCUGAACUGAUAUCUGGAUUCUUCUUUAUUUAAAUUGUUGCCUAUACAGUAUGAGGUUUGAUAAAUUUAGAGCUUUUUGGAUACUUGGAAUUGAAGACUGAAGAAAUGGAGAAGGUUUGUGAAUUCUGCACAGCUUUGAGGCCACUUGUUUACUGCAAGGCUGAUGCAGCAUAUCUUUGCCUAUCUUGUGAUGCGAAGGUGCAUUUGGCAAAUGCAUUGUCUGGCCGGCACCUCCGGAACCUUGUGUGUAACUCAUGCGGAUACCAUCUUGCUUAUGUUCUGUGUUUGGACCACAAAAUGUUAAUCUGUAGAGACUGCGAUCAAAAGUUGCACAAUGUUUCUUUGCCACAUCAGAAACGAGCUAUCAGAAGUUUCAUGGGGUGCCCUUCUGCUAAAGACUUUGCAGCACUUUGGGGCCUUGAAUUGAAUGAGAUUGAAAACUGUUCCAGUCAGGAUCAGUUUGAUUCGGUUUCUUGUGUUUCUGCCGAUAUGAAUGUGGCACAAUUCUCAGGAAAGCCUGCCACAAAAACUGGGGUCCCUUCAAUGAAAUCUAGGGCCAAACUUGAUGGGGGAUCCGCUGGUCAACAAGGUCAGAUAUUGUACAGUGAUCAAGAACGACAAACUAUUGUGCAGCAGAUUAUUGAUUUAAAAUGGCUUCAACUGAAUGAGGGGAUUGAUUAUUCUGCAAAGAUCAAUAGGCUACAAGAAAAAAAAUUAUCUCCUUCAGUAUAUCACACUCUUAAGAAAUUGGACGAAAAAUUCAACGAGCAAGCACAAAAUCCUCAGGAUCUUGCUACUAAUGUUCUGGAAAAUGAGUGUUCCAUUGCGCAGCUGAAUCCUGAAACUUUGCCUUCAACGUUUUCUCAACUUGAUAAUUUAUCUUCUUCUGCAAUUGUCGAUCUUCCCUUGCAUGGAGAGUUGUUUUGGACAUGCAAAAGUCCACUCCGAAGUAAUCAGUUGUGGUCCCAAAAUAUUCAAGACCUCGGGAUAUGUGAAGAACUCGUUUGGCAAGAUGAUUUUAACAUACCUGAUGUUGACUUAAGUUUCCAAAACUUUGAAGAACUAUUUGGAGUAGAUCAAGAUCCAGUUAGUAUACUGCUUGAUGAUCAAGAUGUCUCCUGCUCUUCUUUAGAGAAGGAUAAGUCAGUUGACAAGUCAGAUAUUGAAAAUCCAAAUACAAUGGAGGAUUCUUCAGCAGCUGCAUUCAUUACUGUCUCCCAAUCCGAUAAUGAGAACAAGGAUAUGAAUCAUCUCAACCAGUACUGUCCAAGAAGCAUGGAUACAAUUCAACCAUUCUCUGUUUUGAGAUUCAAUGCAGAAAGCAGUUGCACUGACCAUGAUGACAGUGCUCUUUCUCCCUACAGUGAAGGGAAGGCUUAUUCAAGUAGUUAAGUUGAAUUGGAGACUGCACAUGUGGAGCCUAAAGGAAAUGUCAUAUGAAGUAUAUUAUAAAGAGAAAAAAAUCUCAAUUGUGAAUUCUGAGUGCUAAGUGCCUUACUUUAGCCUUGCUUUAAUACCAGUAUUGUCGCCACAUACCUGUUAGAUCUUCAUCUUAGUAUUGUCAAUUUUGACAUUUGAAUUUGCUACCACAUUGAUUUAGUACCAGCAAUUAUGCAUUUUAUCCCUGGAAAUAUUUUUAGAUUAUAUGUAUUUUAUCAUAUUUAUAUUCUUUUUGCCUCCAGGCAUGAGAAGCAAUUUCGACUUCUAUCCAGGAAAACUGGAGCUAAUGUAAGAAAGAGAGUGAAAGGCAUUGCUAAGGCUGAAAGCAAUUGACUUUUGCAAUGUAGAUAUCUCUCUCUAUUCUA